CAUAUUAGGUCCAUUAUGUCAAGUAGAAUGAAACUUGAAAAAAAACUAUGCUGUUUUUCUUUCAACUGAAAUAAAGUAAAAACCAGACUAGAAAAAAAGAAUGUAUCCAUGAACAUAUUAAACACAUUGUUGCUGAGAAGUCUACCUGAUUGUAAGUCAUCACACUUCAUAAGUAUUAUUACAUACUCCACUAUUAUUAACAAGGAUGUGAAAACUAAGUUUAAAAAAAUAUGUAAAUAAACCGAUACAAGUGAAUACAUUCUGGAAAAUUACUAGAAAUGAAAAAUAGUUUGUAAGAAGUUUGUAGUUAGUUGCAGAGAGUAUUUGAGUGCCUUAUUUUAAGAGGAAUAACAUUAUAAAUAUAUAUAUAUAUAUAUAGUAGAGGGAUAGAGGGAGUUUCCACUAAAUGUUUUGCUGUUAAAUCAGCCUAUCUGCUUUCAUUUCCUUGUUUUGGUGAACAUAUAAAUGCUGCAGAUUAAGUCUUCUUCCUGAAUCAUCGUACAACACACGCGAAACAUGUACACUCAUAAGUUUAUCCUGUGUGUGGCUUUCUCUCUUUUAAGUCCAGUUCUCACAGAUGAAGACUUUUACCAAGUAAGAGCAUGCUGUACAUUCAAAGGGUCACACUUUGAAGAAACCGAGUACAUAUUAACUAGUUUUUUUAAUAAGAACUUGAUGAUGGAGUACAACAGCACAAGAGGCAACUGGACGGGAUUCACAGCAUAUUCAAUUGAAGCAGCAAAAUGGUGGAACAGUGAUCCCUUUGAUGCACUAACAAGAAAGAUUGAAAGGAAACUGUUGUGUACGGACAUGUUAGAUGCCAUCCAAUCCGUAGAUAAUCUGACAACUAUACCCACCGUCAAACUAAAAUCCUUGAAAAGGCCUAAUGGCGAGCACGCAUCUACACUUGUGUGCAGUGCCUACAACUUUUAUCCAAAACAAAUCAGAAUGAUGUGGAUGAGGAACGGCAAGGAGGUGACCACAGAUGUCAGUUACUCUGACGUGAUGCCUAAUGGUGACUGGUACUACCAGACUCAUUCUUACCUGAAGUACAUCCCAACUUCAGCAGAAAAAAUUGCCUGCAUGGUCGAACACAUUGGUCUCUCCCAGCCGAAGUUUGUGGUCUGGGACCCCUCCCUCCCAGUGGAACAACGAACUCAGAUAGUUGUUGGACUGUGUGGACUCGUGAUUGGAUUUGUUAUUGCAAUAUCUGGAAUCAUCUACUACAUCACUGUGUGUCAAAGACAAGUGUUCAUUCCUGUGGAAUCCCCUCCUGAAGCUGGAGCAACUUAACAGCCUGAGCAAACACUAUUAAUACGGGCACAUCCAUCCAAGGUGCCCCAAAUAUCACAGCUCUCUGAAUAAUGAUGUCUGUUGUGGGUGUUUGGGGCUUUGCAUCUUUUACCCUACAGGACAGAGGAUACAUUUGUAAUGUCGUUAAUACUCUUAUACAGUAUAGUAAUAUAUUUUAUAGAAAAAUGAUUACACUGUAUCUACUGGCAUUAACCCUCAUUAAGCAGUAAACCCUGUGAGUUAACCAGUGGUGAAAGUGGAAAAGUAGAAAAACCCUGGAACAAUACAAUGGUUCAAAAGCUACCCACAGUGUGUGAUGGGUUUAGAUUUUAUUAUUGUCCUUUGUAUUAGGAAAUAUUUAACCAUAUAUGCUUAGAGGCGUAUAAUCGAUUGUGUAGUGAUAGGAUGUGUGAUCUUUAGUAGUCUGCAAAGGCUUUGUGUGCAUGCCAGAGUGUUCUGGCAUGCACACCCACA